AUGCACAGGUCCACCUCACUGACCCCGGUGAACAUCCAGGGAGUGGACAUUGAGAUCAUGGACUCUUACAAGUACCUGGGUGUACUGAGGAUGCCUACUUCAAAGUACCAAACAGGGGACAAGGUGAUGGGCCGCUGGCCUGGCAGCAGCCUGUACUACGAAGUAAAUGUUCUCAGCUUCGAUGCCAACAGUCUGCUUUACACCGUUAUCUACAAGGAUGGGACGGAGCUGGAGCUCAAAGAGCAGGACAUCGUGAAUUUCUCUGCUUUCCAAACACGCACUCGCUCCCGUUCACGCUCACCAGGACGCCGUCGCAGCCGGUCACGCUCUCCUGCAAGGACCACUCGCCGUUCAUCCUCUCGUACAGCUGCAGCAGCUGCUACUGCAGCCAUAGCAGAAAUUGCACAGUCCUCUCACAAAGACACAAAGCUGAAGGAGACGUUGGAAGUCAGGCUCAGCCCCAUGUCAAAGACAACAGAGAACAACAGCACCAGUAAGCAUGAAAAGAAAGAGGAGAAUAACACUGCUAGCAAAGUAACUGAGCACUGGGCCUACAGCAUGGUAUGGAAAGCCGUUGACAGACAGACUGGGGAGAUCGUGGCAGUGAAGAAAAUCUUUGAUGCUUUCAGAAACAGAACAGAUGCCCAGCGAACAUACAGAGAAAUCAUGUUCUUCCAGGAGUUUGGAGAUCACGUCAACAAUGUCAAGCUUCUCAACAUCAUCCAAGCACAAAAUGAUAAAGACAUUUACCUCAUCUUUGAAUACAUGGAUACGGACCUGCACGCUGUGAUAAAGAAAGGCUCCUUCUGA